AUGUCCGACGACGAAGCAGAAGAGAUUGAAGAAGAAGAAGGUGUUUAUUUGGGUGAAUAUGAAGGAGGUAGAAAUGAGCGUGAUGAACGGCACGGCUACGGAAAAGCAACUCUUCCAAACGGAGAUACAUACGAAGGAAUGUAUGAAAACGGGAAACGAAACGGAGCAGGACUAUACAGGUUUAAAAAUGGCGCACGAUAUGAUGGGUCUUAUGAAGAUAAUAAACGUCACGGUCAGGGCACCUUUUAUUAUCCCGACGGUUCAAUCUACGAGGGAAAUUGGAGUGAAGGAUUGAGGUUCGGGCAUGGAAAAUAUACAUAUAUCAAUGGAGAUACCUAUGAAGGGGAAUGGAGGGAUCAUGUAAAGCAUGGCAGAGGCACGUAUACUUUCGCCGCAACCAAAUUACAGUAUGUUGGAAACUGGAAGGCUGGAAAGAUGGACGGACAUGGAGAACUGAUGCAUCCUCACCACCGCUUCAUCGGGUUCUGGAAGGAUGGAAUGGUUAUAGGAAAAGGGAGAUACGUUUUUCCUAAUUCAGGUUGUCAGCAAAUUGGAGAAUAUUUGGCUACUGCAGCUAUGACAGAUGAAAAAUUACCAGAAGAUGAAGAUAGUAAGAUAAUUCCACGCUGGAAAGCAACAUUAAUUGAACCACUCAGUGAGGAAGCCAAACAAAUCGGUAUAACUCCUACGCUUGUAGAAGAUAAAGGACGUGAGAUAAAAACUUUAGAAGUAGACGGUAGUGAAAUGAAACAAGUUGCUGAUGAUGAAGUGGAAGAUAAUAAAGUGGAUCGAUUAGAAGAUGUAGAUCAUACUGAAGUUGAAGGAAAUCCAGAAGACACUGGCAAAACAGAUAAUGAAGAUGAUGAUGACGAUGUUGGUACAACCGUGAAUAAUAACGAAGAGGAAGAGUCUGAGGUAAUGAAACCUGAAGCUGCAGCAGACGAAGAACAAGAUGACCAAGAAGAAGAUAAUGAUAUUUAG